GGCGGCGCGGAGCGGAGCAGGCCCGGCGGCGGCGCGCCCCUCACCGCUGUGUCGUCCCCGCAGAGCAAACGGCCGAGCAGCCCCGCACAAAGCGGAAGCACAGUUACUCUAGAGUAUCUGACCUACCCCAGCGGAGUGCUGCAGAACCAGGGGCCUUGCUGCAGGAUUUAGCUCAAGCUUGCUGCGGAGUACACGGGACCUGGGGACUGAGUUUGCCCUAAAAGAAAUCAUGUCAUCAGGAGGAGCUGAAGAUGAUAUUCCCCAAGCAGAGAGGAAAACGGUUACAGAUUUUUGCUACUUGCUGGAUAAAUCUAAACAGCUGUUCAAUGGCUUAAGGGAUUUACCUCAGUAUGGGCAGAAGCAGUGGCAAUCCUAUUUUGGGCGAACAUUUGACGUUUACACCAAACUCUGGAAGUUUCAACAGCAGCAUCGACAAGUAUUGGACAAUCGGUAUGGGUUGAAGCGGUGGCAAAUUGGGGAAAUUGCUUCCAAGAUUGGGCAGCUCUAUUACCAUUAUUACUUGCGCACUUCUGAAACCAGCUAUCUCAAUGAAGCUUUCUCCUUCUAUUCCGCAAUCAGGCAGAGGUCAUACUACUCCCAGGUUAACAAGGAAGACAGGCCUGAAUUAGUGGUUAAGAAGCUGCGUUACUAUGCAAGGUUUAUAGUGGUUUGCCUCUUGCUCAACAAAAUGGAUGUUGUAAAGGAUCUUGUAAAGGAGCUUUCAGAUGAGAUUGAAGACUACACUCAUCGUUUUAAUACUGAAGAUCAAGUGGAGUGGAACCUGGUUCUUCAGGAAGUGGCAGCUUUUAUUGAGGCAGACCCUGUAAUGGUUUUAAAUGACGACAACACCAUUGUAAUCACCUCCAACAGGCUUUCUGAAACUGGAGCUCCGUUGCUGGAGCAGGGAAUGAUAGUGGGACAGCUUGCUCUUGCAGAUGCACUGAUUAUUGGGAACUGCAAUAACCAGGUGAAGUUCAGUGAAUUGACAAUUGAUAUGUUCCGAAUGCUACAAGCACUUGAAAGGGAACCAAUGAAUUUAGCUUCACAGAUGAACAAACCUGGAAUGCAGGAGUCAACAGAGAAACCAGCCAGGCGGGAAAACCCUCAUAAAUACCUACUUUAUAAACCAACUUUCAGCCAGCUGUACACAUUUUUAGCAGCAUCGUUUAAGGAGCUGCCUGCAAACAGUGUGCUGCUGAUUUACUUGUCUGCCACGGGCGUGUUCCCAUCAGGUCGUUCGGAUAGUGAAGGUCCGUAUGAUUUUGGUGGUGUUCUGACAAAUAGUAACCGAGAUGUUAUAAAUGGAGAUGCUAUCCACAAGAGAAACCAAUCUUACAAGGAGAUGCACUGCCUUCACCCUGGGGAUCUCUACCCUUUCACAAGAAAGCCACUUUUUAUCAUUGUGGAUUCUUCGAACAGUGUGGCCUAUAAGAAUUUCACAAACUUAUUUGGACAACCAUUGGUGUGUUUGCUUUCUCCGACAGCAUAUCCAAAAGCAUUACAAGAUCAGUCUCAGCGGGGUAGCCUCUUCACACUCUUUCUGAACAAUCCUUUAAUGGCAUUCCUAUUUGUCUCUGGAUUAUCAAGCAUGCGCAGAGGAUUGUGGGAGAAGUGUCAGGAUUACCUUAGAAAAAUCAAUCGAGAUAUUGCGCAGCUGCUGACCCACUCCCGCUCCAUAGAUCAAUCCUUUCUUCAGUUUUUUGGGGAUGAAUUUCUUCGUUUGCUUCUAACAAGAUUUAUCUUCUGUUCAGCUACUAUGAGGAUGCACAAAAUUUUCCGGCAGGAGACACGAAAUUAUCCAGAAUCUUAUCCUCAGCUGCCAAGAGAUGAAACGGUGGAGAACCCUCACCUCCAAAAGCACAUUUUGGAGCUGGCUUCCAUACUGGAUGUUAGAAAUGUUUUCCUGGAAAACACUCUUGACGACUAUUAAGAAAAACUGUCUUACUGCAAAGGGUUUUCCCUGGCCACAGAUUUUGAAUGGUGCGGUUUUCUAAUGUGAAAAUCAUAAAAGGAAGUACUUGAUUUUAUUUUUAAACUUAGGACCAUUAUUUUAAAAAGUAAUAAUAAACAGCUGUUAGGUUAGCUGUUCCAUUCUGUAUGGGGGGGGUCGAUUUUAUAAGAAGUUUUCAUGUCUUUUAAAUGUUAAAGAAUUGCUAGAGGUUUAUCUCUGGUCUUGUGGUUGUCAACCACAUUUCCAACAGCUGAUCCUAAGCAUAGAAGUAUUAUUGGUUACCUUUAGCCCACAUUUGUGGAAAUCCUUUAUUUUUAUACAAUUUUAAGAAAUUGGGAAAAAAAUUGAUAGAAAAAUGAUAUUUUGUCCCCAAAGAGUCUGGAUUUGAAAUGAUGGAGAUGGAACCACACAGUGCAAACAGACAAUAGCAAUAAAACAAAGUCCUUCAUAACCAAUAUAUUUUUUCAGUCUUAGGCAAGUAAGUAGACAAAGAUUAAGUUGCAUUUGGAGACAGUGAGUUUGAAAUGAAGUUGUAAAGAAAGUUAAUGCUCCCUACAGAUUUGACACAGCAAUGUCGUAUAUAAACUCUGAACUGCUGUCCAAGGACACAAUUUCCUCUCUGUCUGAUGGGACAUGUGCUUAGCAGAUCAGUGAAUUAAAAACUAAGAAAGCUAGCACCUCUUUCUCACUGUAAUAAGGAUUGUCUUGCCAUUUUUGUUGCUGCCACUAUUUUAUAGGAGAUUGCAUUCUUCAUUUUGAGCCACUAGUUGGAUAUUCUUUAAUUUCUGGCAGGUGUUAUCCUCCUCUCUUUUUGUGGAUGGAAUGUGUGGCUCCCACAGCAUUACCAUUCCCUGACUGGAGUUGAAAGAAUUCCAUGUAAAGUGCUGAAUGCAAGCCCUUCUUAUCCCCCAUUUAUCAGACCAACCUGUGCUGGAGCUGCACCCCAAGAGAGAGAUGCCAGUGCUCCUCUCAUGGGUUAAACUAAGUGGGUACUGCCAGUAGAACAAACAAACAAAACAGAGAGGUUGUGGUUGUGUUUGGUAGCCCUGUAGUCUCCCUCAGCCUAGGAAUCUUAGGGAGUACAAUGGCCUCUGCAAAGGCUCUUACUGCAGAAAAGUGCUUGCUUGACUCAUUUGGACUGUACUGCCUUCUUUGCAGAGCUGGAGGACCUCUUGCAACUCCUGACAGUAAAGGUUUGAGCAGGGGGAAGGAAAUGAAAAUAUUUUAAUUCAGUGAGUUUAUGUUCGCUGUUCCAUGGACUAGAAAGGCAGUGGAAGGAUGAGUGUGAUCAGUGCUUUUAUGUUAAACCUCAGCCAUGUCUCCAUUUCUGUUGGGGAAAAAAGAAAUGCAAGAUUUGGUGACUACCAUAGUUAUUGCAGUAGACCUAAUUGCAAGUGUUGUCAUACAAGGUAUGAUUUACUCAGCUGGAAUAGUGGAGAGAGGGCAGCAGUUCAGCACUGAUGAGCCUUCGUUCAGCUGUGAAUAGCACAGUAUGGCACAUCAGGAAUUGCUGGAGUGGUGGUGGGAAGUUGCUGUGAAGGUCUUCUCUAUAUGGGAUGCAGCUGAUGCCACCCAUUCUUUAAUUUCUCAAGUGAAAAAAAAAAAAAAAAGUAUUAAAAAAAAAAAAAGUAGUGUAUGUUCUAAGCAGUCUUGAAGCUGUUGUGUUGGGUUGUGUUGGGCCCCCCACCACUUGGUGCUGUUCUUUGGACUAUGGCAGGACUUUGUUACAUGGGAUGUGGAGUUUAUUUUAAAGAGUGUGUGUCUGUGUGUGCAUGUGUAUUCUAGGCGUUUGUGUGUAUAUGUACAAUACGCAUACAUCUACUGGCUGGUGUAAAUUGUAAAUAUGUAUAUAUGUAUAGGUACUUGUAUAUGUAUUAAAAAGUAUGAAACAGUACAAUGUCUAUAUACAAAAUUUAUAUAUACACACAUAUGCCAUUCUGGGUGCGUUCCCCAAAGUAUUCCAGAUCAUUUGUGGUUGUCAUAAAAGUUAUGGCUCUUCUGCUGUUGUUACAGUCUGUUUUCAGGGACUUGCAGUUGGUCCUUGAAGUUACUUGGAAGUGAUUUCAGAUACAGGAGGCCUUGGUCAGCUGGGGCAGUGACUACUCCUGUAUGUGCUACAGUGAUUAGAUUCUAAGAUUCUGAACUGUGAAGUGAAUGGUCUGCCUUUCCUUCUGGUAGGAGGUCUCCAGUUAUUAAAAUGUGGGAUUCUGUGUGGAAGCUAAAUAUAAUAGAAAGCCUUUUGAUGCAGCAGCAAGUGAGAGAGAGGGAUUUUCAGUUCCCCUGUCUGCUGUUCCUCCUUUGGCAGCAUUCAGCUUACAGGGGAGGAGGAUGCAGAUUUCCCAAGCUCACUGCCUUCCAAUCAAAUGCUUUUUUUUUACUUUAGCGUUUGCUUUUGAUUAAGCUGUUCUCAUUUUGGUUCCAUGUAUCUGGACGACAGUAUGCUAGUUCUAAGGAUAGGAGUGAUGGUUCCAUUAGCGUGAGCUGGUGGGCUUCUGUGGGUAGUUGUUUGUGAAGCAAAUGGGAGAGCCUUGGCAGACACAGUCUUCAUUUUAGCUGGGCUGAAGCAGGGAGUCUUUGCUUUGAUCUUAGAGGUUUCUAAUACACUAUGCAGCCCUAAGAAAAGGUCUUUAAAAAACAAAACAAACAAAAGAGUUGCAGAUGCUAAAAUAUAAGAGGAGAAUAUGAAGCUUUGAAAAUUCAUUCAGAAGUUGAAUUUCUUAGCAGCAAUGACUGUCCAAGGCAAGAAUUCCUCCUGAAGGACCCUUGUCCUCUUCUUACCUUCUGACCUUUGGUUCAGAGGGAUUGCUGCUGACAGGGGUAUUCAAAGAUAAACAGAACUCCUGUUCUGUUAGUAAGAGUGCAAAGGUGUACCUUGCAAAGAAAAAGGCUGAUACCUUCUGUCUGCUCUAGCUGUAGAUGGAUAAGCAUCUAGUCAUGGAUUCUGAGCCAGCCCCCUCCCUUCUGACCCAAAACAACUGCUUUCAAGAUGAAAAGUGGUAUUUUCUCUCCAAGUAAAAUCUUGUCUUGUUUGAACUUACUGAGUCAUUCUAAAGUUGUGCUACUGUGUGCUGUGUGCUAUGGUCCUAGGUACCUUCUCUGUGUAUGCUUGUACGUACUGAAGAAAACUUUGGUUUGUGUAUUUAGCAGUCCUGGCUGGAAGUGAGGGGAAGACCGAACCAUUUUUGAGUGAGAACAGAUCCCUUUCUUCUCAGGCCUAAUGCCUUCCCUCUUGUCUUGCUAACCUUUUGCUUAUGUUAAUGGAGAAGACUUGCCAUCACCAGGCAAGGGUAAAUUCUGUAUGUUAUGUACUAUGAGAGGAAAAUGUGAGCUGUACUGAAUGUCUGUGUAUUGGACUGCUUCUGCCUAGCUUCCUAUUUCCUCUGCAUGUAAUGCAUUUGAAUUAAUCCUACUUUCAGAGGAGGCACCUCUAUUCCUACCCCUGUUCAGAACAUCAUAGCCACGAUUAGUGUUGCUGCCUUCUCUUUUCACCUUUUUGACUCAUCAAAAUAAUAGUGGGAAGGGAAGAGAGGGAAAUGAAUCUGCAGCUAUUUUUUACUACUGGGGUGUGCUGUCUCGUUUUCUUCAUGCACAACUUAAAUGGAGCACUAGCUCUGUGAGCUUUGCAAACUGGAGUUGCUCCCUGGAGUGCUUUCUUGAGAAGUUUCAGGACUGUUUGUUUGAGUAGUCUAUCAAACAGUAUCUGUCAGGUAAGACUUAAUAAAGCUCUCAAGAUCAUUCCAUAGGGAGAUGUGCAGAGAUGCCUUUUAAGGAUCACAGGAGAUAGAUGGAGAUGGGGAAUUAGGCUUCAGAUAAUCAUCUUCAUAAGGUACGAAGUGAGUAGUUCUGGUCAGGCAGCUCCUCUAAGAAUGAAAGUAUCUAUCAUUCCAUUGCUCACCCACAGGCAUGCUGUUGUGAAGUGCCUCCCCCCGCUCUGCCUUCAUCCUUACACUGUAACUCCAUGCUGUGCCCGACGUCUGCUUUUCCUAUGAGCUAAAAAGCUUGGAAUCCGUCUGGACAACUUGUUUUUCAUUUUGUUUUGUGUUUUGUUUUGUCUUGAGGCUUCUUUUGUAACAGCUUUAUCUAUGUUAGAUUCUUCAGUAGGUGUUUGUAUUACAGGUCACUAAUGAUGGCAGUAGCAGAGCCCUCAGUUAGUCCUGCCCUUUCCAGACCAAGUGGCUGCCUGGGUGUCAGCAGCUGAUCUGUGAUGGCUGCAGCUGUUCUGUGGCUGAGGAGCUGCGCAGCCUGAAAACUGUUAAAAUCCCUUGGUGACUUUGCAUAGCAGCACUGUCAGCUUGUGUGAGGGGUGUUGGUGUGGAGGGCAGGGCAGAAGUCUGCAAAGUGAAGAGGUUACAAUUGCUGAGAUGGCUCUCUGACAUUUUCUAGUGUCUUUGACUUCUAGAGCAGUUCUGUUUCUGUGACCAAAUCUAUUGCAUGUGCUUUGAAGAUUCAGAUAUCUGCAACUAGAACAGGAGGAAUACAUCAAUUUAUUUUAUUCUUCUGGGUUUUUGUUGUUGUUUUUUUCACUCUAAACCAUUCCUCUGCCAAAACAAAAGAGAUUUAGUUUGAGAUUUUCAAAUUGGAUCAUUUGGAAUAUCAAAGAGCAUCUCUGCAUCUUGUUGGUGCACUGGUGCACACAGAGAUGUUUUGCCCUUGAAGCUCCUACUUUCACAUUGCAGCUGCUGUUCCCUGGCCCAAAGGCGCCCUGGAGCCUCCUGCUUUGCAGCUGUUCAAGGAUGAAGGCUUGUUCUUGCUAUGGGCCCCGCUGGCACUGCAGGGCUCCUUUGGCACGUGUUGGUCAUUGCUUCCUUCAUCGGGGCUGUGUUAGGGCUGGUUCUGCCCGCAGGGCCCCAGAGCAGGAGCUGUGCCCUGCAGUGCAGCCAUGCAGCAGAGCGGGGCUGGGCCUGCACUGCAGUGAAACCAGAAAUCAGAACAUUUGGUACCCAAAGUCAUUCUAUAAUGGAUUAGCUCGAAGUUAUUUGACAGCCACGUGCCUGUACAUCGUAUUUUGGUAAAAGCAGAUAUUUUACUUAAAAUAGAGAUAUAUGAAUAAAAGUUUUGGAGCAAAUAGCUUUUUUUUUUAUUUUUUAUUUUUUUUCCAUUUUCCAAAGGCUCUGUAAAUUGCCAAAGCAAUGUAAUGCCAGAGAGUUCUAUCUAUGUUGGUGUCUGGGAGGAACGCGAUGUGUUUGUAUUACUGCUGCAAUUGUCGGGGGGAAGUGAAAGCUGAGCUGGAAGUGCGACUGGGUCUGUGUCGGUUGGGCGCUGCACAAACAGCUCGGUUACGGCUCUGUACCGGCAAUGACAAUAAACGCUCGGGGCGGGGCUGCCCGCUGCUGCCAUCA